AUGGCCGACCACGAGAACGGGGAUCAGAAGCCGUUGGACCCCGCGCCUCAAAAUCAAGAAAUGCACUCGCAAAACAACAAUGCGCCAGUACCACCACAACCACAACCACCACAGUCACAUCAUCAGCAGAAUCAUCAGAAUUCGCAGAAUCAAGAUUCUCAUUCACAUAAACCACAGUCGCAGCAACAGCCACAGCGCGACGAUGUGUGCCGUGAUUUUCUGAAAAACAUUUGCAAUCGCGGUUCGCGCUGUAAAUUUUAUCAUCCGUCCGAGGCGCCGCCGGCCAGCGAUCACGAUUACAAUUUCUGCAUUGACUAUCAGAAUCGAGGGUGCCAGCGCGACAACUGUCGAUUCGUGCACGCGCCACGCGACGAAGUGGAGCGAUACAAGAACACGCGCGAACUGACGCUUAUCCUGGCGCGUGCCAUCGCCGCCGUCGGUCACGGCGACACAAUCGGCGGCAUUCCGAUAUGCAAAGAGUUUCAAACGGGACGAUGCGCUCGCGGAGUCAAUCGAUGCCGUUAUUGGCAUGUGAAUGUGGAUUUGGAAAGGGAUCGACGUGGCAGAGGGCUUCCACCGUCCAACGAGUUUGGCGGACCGUCGGGACCGAUUGGAGGAGGAGGCGGCGGAGGAUCCGGAGGUGGUGGAGGUGUCGGUAGAUUCCCACCGAUGGGUUACGGUGGAGGAGGCGGAGCCAUGGGAGCCGGAGCCGGAGGAAGACGCCGCCCUUACGACGACUACGACUCGGAUCCGAUAAAACGCGGCCGCUACGCGCCAGACGAUCGGCUCAUGGAACUGGAGAAACGGAACGCCGAACUAUCGAAAGAAGUGGAUUCACUCCGCCGGGAACUUCAACGAGAACACGAUCGAUACGAGGAUUUGUACGCGUUGUUCCGUCAGCAGAGUGGUGGAGCGCCGGCGCCACCGAAAGCAUCGGCGACGACGGCUGGUGUCGGAGGCGACUACUAUGGAGCGUGGGGACAGAAGGCGCCUGGAUGGUGA